UUAUGGCCUAAACCAAACCAAGAAUCAUGUCCACUCGUGGAGUCGACAGAAUUCUCUUCCAUCAUUUUCGCACAUACACAUGCAAGAAAGAAGAGAGAGAACAAAACCCAACAUGUAAAAAAAAAAAAAAAACACACUCUCAAUUAGCCAGCAAGAGUAAUAUUGCAAAUGCCAUCAUGGCUCAUCUGCUAAGAAGCUAUCCCAACACAUCAAUAAAAUUGUAUACACAACAACCUUAUUCACACGCUUACACACUUGUUAAACCAUCUAGUAAGGAAUUGCGUUUUGGGUACUUGGAAAAAGGAAGAAACUUUUUGUCAAAGAGCUUUAGUAGCAGUAGUUCAACUGAGGAAGUGAGUAAUUUUGUGGAGGAUAAUGGAAGAAGUAAUUAUGGAGACGAGUUUGAGUAUUUGGCGAGUGAUUUUGGAUGGAAAGUGAGGAGAUUAGGUCAGAUUGGUGAUGAGAUGAGAAGUGCUGCUCGUGUUCAAGCCGAAGCAUUCCACGAACCUUUUCUUCUCUUUAAUGAUUUCUUCUUUGAGUUCUUUCAGGCUGAAGUGCUUGCUGGGUUAAUAUAUAAACUAAGAAACUCGCCCCCUAACCGGUAUGCUUGCUUGGUUGCUGUGCCAGAAACUGAAGCUUCCAACAAAACACAACAACUUGUGGGAGUUGUUGAUAUUACAGCUUUGAGAGACGAAAAUGUGCUAAAGAGUCUCCCACCUGAUGCGGAAGAAUAUCUUUACAUCUCCGGAAUUGCCGUUUUGGAAAAUUUCAGGAGGAAGAAAAUAGCAACAGUGUUGCUAAAAGCAUGUGACAUGCUGGCAAUUGUAUGGGGCUUCAAGUAUCUUGUGCUGAGGGCGUAUGAAGAUGAUGUUGGUGCUCGAAAAUUGUACACAAAUGCAGGGUACAGAAUUGUGUCCGGUGAUCCUCCAUGGUUGACCACUUGGAUUGGAAGAAAGCGUCUACAAUAA